AUGGAAACUGGUCGCUGGCAACAUCCACCAGCCCUUCUCCCUUUCUCUCUUUCUGUGUCCCCCCCAUCCUCCUCGUACCUUGUGCGAGGUGGCGACACUGGCGAGCGUGUGUGCGGCCGCGAACGACAAAUGAGAAGCUGCAAGAUGGCGAUUGUGCGACUGAUCGCGUGGUGUCUGCUGUGCACUAGCCUCGGCCACAUCCCGUCAUCGCUCGCAGUAAUCCUCCGGACCACGGACAAGAUCGUGUGGGCAAAUGAGUUUGAGCCCGUUGAGCUGACCUGCUUAAUAGAGUCCAUCUCCACCAACAACCCGAGGAUUGAGUGGAAGAAGAUUAGGAAUGGCAUCCCAAGCUAUGUUUACUUUCAAAGGAAAAUAUCAGGCGACUUGGAAAACAGGGCGCAGCUUAGAGAGCCAGCCAACAUUCUGAUCUUCAACACCACCCGCACAGACACGGCCGAGUACCGUUGCGAGGUGGCCGCCAUUGACGAUCAGAGGGACUUUGAUGAGAUUCUAAUUAGUCUUGCUGUGAGAGUGAAACCCGUGGUGCCCCGAUGCAGCGUACCCGAGGCGGUCACAGUGGGCACGUCGACCGAACUCCGGUGUCUUGAGAAUGAGGGCUUCCCGGCACCUAUCUACCGCUGGUUCCACAACAACGAGGAGCUUCCCCAGGAUCCCAAGAACACCCCCAAGUUUACCAAUGCAACAUACACCAUUAACACAGACACAGGAAGCCUGAAAUUCCGAAGGGUGAGGAAGGAGGACGCGGGGGAAUACUACUGCCAAGCCAAGAAUGAUGCCGGCCACGCCCAGUGUCCCUCCCAGUGGAUGGAAGUCUAUGACAUUGACAUCCUCGACAUCGUCCUCAAGUCUGUCGGUGGCGUGUUAGCAUUGUUCUUUGUGAUUGGCUGCAUUUGGCAUUGUCUUUUACGCGCCUUUUCCACCAAAAAAGGACACAACGAAAACGAAUUCAGUUGGCCAGCACAGAACGAUGGUGUUGAGUAUGGCGAUGCAGAUGAGGGACAUUUCCGCCACAAGUCAUCGUUCAUCAUCUGACAACCUAGGACGACGUGGCGACAAGGUUAACGUGCAGCAACAAUGGCACGGGUGGUUAAGUUCAAGCUGUAACAUGGCACACACUUUUCUCUGAUGCACAUUAAAAUAAACCAACUUGCCAAAGUAAUGCUCUAUAUAUGGUUUUGUGGCACUAGUUCACAGUUUUAUAGCGUUGACAGAUUUUCUAUUUUUUGACUCUCUAGUAUUCCUUUCAUCAUCCGCCUUGCACUUUUAGAACUUUUUUCCCCCCACACAUUUCUACUUGACACUUCAUUCAUUACCAAACUGUGACAUCGAGCCAAUUCAUGGUAGCGAGGCAUGUGUUGGAACAAAAUUCCAUCAAAAACUUUGGAACAAACUCUUUUUGUAAUGUUUUUUAAUACACUGAACUUGUUUUACAGAAGUCCUCUUGUGUUUCGUCUGUGCUCAUGUGAGAAAUACUGUAUUGUUUUUUUCUUCUUCCAAGUGGCCAAGAAUUGAAAGCGGUAUUGUUUUUUUCUUCUUCCAAGUGGCCAAGAGUUGAAAGCGGUAUUUGUACAUACUGUAGUUUGACAGGCAAUAAACUGCGGACUGAAAACAGAGGAUGCUAUCAGAUUACAUGGGGCACAAUUUAUCCACCUUGAGCAUUCAGUAGUUAAAAUUAUAACUUUACAUGUAAAGGUUACCCAGUGGAUUUUAAUAUUAGGCUAUAUAUCCCAUUUCGCUGCAAAAUCAGUAUUUACUAUUAAAAGAUGGCAAUUUAUGACUUAGAGUGCUGUUUGUGUAUAAGUGACCUUCUGUGUGUUACUACUUUUUUGGUUGUAGAUUUUGGACAUAUUGUCCAGUUUUGCCUCAAUAUUGUACAUAGAUGCUACAAUGUUUUCCCCCAGUACCUUAUUGUAAAUAAGGCAGCAAGCUGUUCAAAAUGAAAAUUUUACAGUGCAGUAAUUACUGUCCAAUGUUGUUUCAAACUUUUUUUGGGGUCUUCAUAUUUUGUGUAAAAACUCAGGAACUGUUGUACAAUGUCCACUGUUCAUGGUUAAUUUUUGUCAUGAUUAAAAUACAUUUAAAAGUUGA